CCGGGGCAGUAGGCUGUGCUGAUUGCAGAAGAGCUGGAGCCUUCGGUCUCCAUCACCAGCCAUUCAGGCGCAGAAAGAGAGGGAGGAAGAGGAGGAGGAGGAGAAGGGGCGAGGGGCGGGGGAGGGAAUCUGAUCCCCCGGCUGGCAAUGGCCUGAGCCGAUCCCUUAAGAGAUCCAGCGCCCUUGCUCUGCCUGCCAAGCUGUGGACCGACCAGCCCUGCCUCCUCGCCACCCUGCUCCCAUUUCGCCUGCACAAUGCCAGCUGUACGGCGUAGCCCCUUCCUACACUAGGGGGGCUCCGCUGGGGAUGUGAGCCGGCGGGCAGGGAGAGCCAUUGUGGGGAAGAGGAGCCAGCCAGACGAGGCCCAGCGAGGCUAUGAGGUGUGGGCGACCGGAGAAGGCUCCUCGCUGAACCAUGAUGAAGACGGAGCCCCACACCGCCAGCCCUGGCAACAGCAGCAGCGGUAGCCUGAGAAGCGCCUCUCCCCACAGGAACGCCUACGAAGCGGGGAUCCAGGCCCUCCGAGCCACAAAGGAUGCCCUUGGGGCCGCCGAGAGCGAAGAAGCCAAGAAAGCCAGGAACAAGAAGUAUGGCUCCAACGUGCACCGGAUCAAGAACAUGUUCCUGCAGAUGGGGACCGCCCCGCCGGGCGAGGGCACCUGCGACCUGGCCAAGGUGAAGGAGAAGCCCGUCCGGCUUUCCUUGCCCAGGGCCAGCAGCCUGAACGAGAACGUGGACCACAGCGCGCUGCUGAAGCUGGGGACCAGCGUGUCGGAGAGGGUGAGCCGCUUCGACUCCAAGCCCGACAAGCCGGUCUCCAAGCUCCAGGAGACCCGGAAGAUCUUCGAGCGGAGCCUUCAGGAGAAGGAGACCACCAACAAGCUCCUGCUGAGGAAGGAGAGGGCCGGCUUCCAGGACAGGAAGCUGGACGUGGUGGUGAGGUUCAACGGCAGCACGGAGUCCCUGGACAAGCUGGACACGGAGGCUGUGUCGCCUACCGUCAGCCAGCUCAGCGCCGUCUUCGAGAAGGCCGACCUGAGGAACAACCUGCACAAAACCCCCAGCAAAGUCGGGCCCCUCAACUCCAAGAUUGUCAGCAAGAGGUCCCGGGUCUUCCUCCAGGGCCCAGAAGGGGGCAAGGCAGAAGCCAGGGGGGGCGACGGGCCGGCUCUCCAACUAAGAGCCAGGCAGCUUGAGGGCGACAAGGCCCAACCCAAACCGGUUGCGCCCAGGCCGGGCGAGAAGGACGCCAUGGGCCCACGGACCCAGAGCGUCCAGGAGGUGCGGAAGAUCAAGCCGGUGGAGGUGGAGGAGAGCGGGGAUUCGGAGCAGGAGUUCGAGGCCGCCGAGCAGGCGGAGGAGACGGCGGCCGAGCAGGACAAGAGCAAGACCUUCGCUUCUGGGCCCGAGAGGGCCGAGGUGAUCCAGGCCGAGGUGACAGUGCAUGCGGCCUUGGAGAAUGGCAGCCUGGCUGCGGAGAAACGCGGGCAGGCCCCAGAAGUGGGCGCCUACCCCGAGGAGGAGGGCAAGGCCGAGGGGCAGGAGGAGGCCGACCUGGGCGAUGAGUCCAAGAAGGAGGACUUCUCAGAGGCCGACCUGGUGGACAUCAGUGCGUACAGCGGGCUGGGGGAGGACUCAGGGGGGAGCGGGCUGGACGAGGACGAGGAGGCCGAUGGGCUGUACGAGCCCGAGUCGAGCUGCGUGGAGAUCCCCGGGCUGUCGGAGGAGGAGGAGCUGGCUCCCAACCGCAAGAUCCAGUUCAGCACGGCUCCCAUCCAGGUGUUCAGCACCUAUUCCAACGAGGACUACGACCGCCGGAACGAGGAUGUGGACCCCAUGGCUGCCUCGGCUGAGUACGAGCUGGAGAAGCGGGUGGAGAGGUUAGACCUUUUCCCGGUGGAGCUGGAGAAAGACUCUGAGGGGCUGGGCAUCAGUAUUAUCGGGAUGGGCGCCGGAGCGGACAUGGGCCUGGAGAAGCUCGGCAUCUUUGUCAAGACGGUGACCGAGGGGGGAGCGGCUCACCGGGACAGCAGGAUCCAGGUGAACGACCUCAUUGUGGAGGUGGACGGUACCAGCCUGGUGGGCGUCACCCAGAGCUUCGCGGCCUCGGUGCUGAGGAACACGAGGGGCAGAGUCCGGUUCCUGAUCGGGCGGGAGAAGCCGGGCGAGCAAAGCGAGGUAGCCCAGCUGAUCCAGCAGACGCUGGAGCAGGAGCGGUGGCAGCGGGAGAUGAUGGAGCAGAGAUACACCCAGUACACGGAAGAGGAUGAAGAAACGGGCGAAUAUGCUACGGACGAGGACGAGGAGAUGAGUCCCAUGUUCCCCAGCAGCGAGAUGGCCAUCGAGGUCUUCGAACUGGCUGAGAACGAGGACAUGCUGUCCCCCGUCGAGAUGGACCCCGAGAAGCUGGUGCACAAGUUUAAGGAGCUCCAGAUCAAACAUGCCGUCACCGAGGCCGAGAUCCAGCAGCUGAAGAGGAAGCUGCAGUCCAUUGAGCAGGAGAAGGCUCGCUGGCGAGCCGAGAAGGCCCAGCUGGAGCAGAGCGUGGAGGAAAACAAGGAGAGGAUGGAGAAGCUGGAGGGUUAUUGGAUGGAGGCCCAGAACCUGUGCCAGGCAGUGGAUGAGCACCUGAAAGAGACUCAAGCCCAGUACCAGACCCUGGAGCGGAAAUACAGCAAGGCCAAGCGGCUCAUCAAGGAGUAUCAGCAGAAGGAGAUCGAGUUCCUCAAGAAGGAGACGACCCAGAGGCGCGUCCUGGAGGAGUCUGAGCUGGCCCACAAGGAGGAAAUGGACAAGCUCCAGGAGAAGAUCUCUGAACUGGAGGGGAAGCUGCAGACCUUGAAAAUUUCAAACCCGACUUGGGGGGGGCAAAAGGAAGAGGGGAGGAGAGCGGGGAACCACAAGAGACGCCUCUGGAUCCCAGCAUGGACGCAAUCGGACGCUGCUAAGGAUGCCAGGGACCCCUCGACCUGCCCUGCCAUGUCAUCCUCCAAACACCGAGACGCCGACGAGGUUUUUGAUUUUAAUGAUGUGAUUCCAGAGACCCAGAGGCUGGACAGCAGUUUGCAGAAGGCCCGAGCCCAGCUGUCGGCCAAGGGCAGGCGGCACCGCCCGUCCCGGUCCCGCUUGAGAGAUAGCGUCAGCUCGGCGGAAGGGGAAGAGAGCCUGGAGAGGAAGGUGGCCGAUAAAUAUGGCAGCCCACGGCACCGUAUGAGAUCCCCGCUGCACGCCACCCUGCAGGUCUCCUCUCCCCUCUCCGGCUCCUCUCCCUUCCUCCGCGCCACCGAAUUCUCCUUCGACGCCGCCGUGGUCAGGAGGACGCUGGAGGAGGACGAGCAGCCUUCGUCCCCGCUGAUCCGCUACCAGCCCCUGACCAACGCUUCCUCCCAAGAGGCCUUGGGAUGCACCCCCACCAGCUCGCCCCCCAAAUCCUGCCACAGCUCGGACAGCUCACCCAUCUACACCCGGAGGGACCGCCGGGCAGAGCGGCACAGCGAAGAUGACACAAGCCCAUCAGAGCCCGCCAGCCCCACCAUCGGGCUUGACAAGAAGACCCGGAGGAAGUUCCUGGAUUUGGGGGUGACCCUGAGACGAGCCUCUUCCAGCAAAAGCAGGAAAGAGAAGGGGAGCAACCGAUUGUCCAUGGGCAGCAGGGAGCUGGUGGAGGGCUCCAGCCGCUCGUCCGUGUCCCCGUUCAUGCCCUUCUCAUGGUUCACGGACAGUGGGAAGGGCUCGGCCUCGUCCGGCAGCACCGUCUCCCCGACCCGCUCACCCAAGAGGGAGGGCUUAAGCCCCAAGAAAUCUGCCUCCCAGGACUCCACCCUGAGCGACGACUCCACCCCACCCAGCAGCAGCCCCAAGACGCUGAGCAGCGGCACCAGCGAGACGAAAUGCUCCUACCCCUACCACACCCUGUCCCAGUCCUCCGACGAGUUCCUGGACGAGCCCCUCAGCGCUGCCACCAGCUGGAGCAGCCAACAAGUGGGCCAGUGGCUGGAGAGCCUGAACCUGGAGCAGUACGUGGAUGAGUUCGUGGCCCGCGAGGUGGACGGCCAGCAGCUGCUGCACCUGGAUGGAGCCAAGCUGAAGGCCCUCGGCGUCAGCAGCUCCACCGACCGGGCCCUGCUGAAGCGGAAGCUGAAGGACCUGAGCGUGGCGGUGGAGAAGGAGCGGAAAGCCCAGGAGAAGGUGGAGAAGCAGAGGGGAAAGCAGAAGAAGAAAGAGCAGGAGCAGCAGCGGAGGAGUUAGGGAGGGCGCGUUGGCACACAGCUCCCGGCGCGGGGAGGGACAGAAGGAGACCUCCCCUGCCCAGGAGAGGGGGAAUCAGGGGCACACCGACCGGAAGAGACACCGGACUCCACAGGGGAUCAGCCCAGGUGUCAGUCUUUGGCUUGAGGUGGCGCUGCCACGGAGCCCGGACUUUCCAGCUGCCUCCUGGAUCCCUGCUGGCCCCAGUAGACAAGCAAACCCCUCCCCAACUCUGCCCAUCCACUCCACCAUGCAUGGGGCUCCUGGCGCUGCUGGACCCGGCCCUACAGCUGGCUAGUGGUUGGCACUCGCCCAUGGGCUGCAGCUGGCACGGCUUCCUCUCCCGGUUUCCCUGCUGACCUCCGUCUGCUCCCGAUCGGUUCCAGUCACCAAGGCCUUCCUGCUCCAUGCUGAUUGGCUGUCCUACCUCACCAGCCCCAUUUCCCUUAGCCCAUGGACACCACUGCUGCUCCCCACUCCUCCCGAAAAUGAUGGCUCGGCCCCAACAGGCCCGCAGGACGAAGAUAGUGCAUGGUGUUAUCCCUCCCCCACCCACGAGCGAUCCCGGGUUGCGUUCAGGCUCCCCAGGCCCCCUCCAGGGGCCAGGAUCGACACAGCCCGGACUAGCACAGCCUGGCCAAUUUAUUCCGAGAGCACAGACACUGACCCAGGGAGCAACCACAAAGGAAA